GACCCAGGGCAAGUUCCCGUGUGUGGGGCUGCGCCGCGCUUCUCGGACUGGGGCGAGCUCGGUAGCAGGAUCAGGCCCGCUGGAUCCGCCCUUCCCGCACGCCAUGGCUCCCCCCACAGGUAACGUUGUGGACAGCCAGUCCCACAGACCCCCAGUGAACCGACUAAGAUGGGACCUGACAGCAGAGCAAAUAGAAAACAUGACCGUGGAGCUCCUAGAGAGGACCAAGCAGGUGUAUGACCGGGUGGGCUCCCAGGAGCAGGGGGAGGUCUCUUAUGAAAAUACCCUCAAAGCUCUGGCUGAUGUGGAGGUGGAAUAUACAGUUCAGAGGAACACGCUGGACUUCCCCCAGCACGUCUCCCCUCGCAAAGAUAUCCGCACGGCGAGCACGGAGGCGGACAAAAAGCUCUCGGAUUUCGACGUGGAGAUGAGCAUGAGGCAGGACGUGUACCAGAGGAUCGUCUGGCUCCAGGAGAAGGCGGAAAGUGCUUCCCUGAGGCCUGAAGCGAAGAGGUAUCUAGAGAGGCUGAUUAAACUGGGUAAACGAAAUGGUCUUCACCUCCCGGAGGAGACGCAGGAGAAAGUCAAAGCCAUUAAGAAAAGGCUGAGCCUGCUCUGCAUUGACUUCAACAAGAACCUGAACGAAGACACCACCUACCUGCCCUUCUCCAAGGAGGAACUGGGGGGGCUCCCCGAGGACUUCCUGAACUCCCUGGAGAAGACAGAGGACGGCAAGCUGAAGGUCACCCUGAAGUACCCGCACUAUUUCCCCCUCAUGAAGAAAUGCUACGUGCCUGAGACGAGGAGGAAGGUGGAGGAAAUGUUCAACUCCAGGUGCAAGGAGGAGAACUGCUUGAUCCUCAAGGAGCUGGUGGACCUGCGGGCUCAGAAAUCCGACCUCCUGGGCUUCGACACUCACGCUGAUUUCGUGCUGGAAAUGAACAUGGCGAAAACCAGCAGGACCGUGGCUUCCUUCUUAGAUGAGCUGUCCCAGAAGCUGAAGCCCCUGGGGGAGAAGGAACGGGCCGUGAUCCUGGACCUGAAGAAGAAAGAGUGCAAGAAGCGGGACUUGGAGUUUGACGCCCGCAUCAACGCCUGGGACAUGCGCUACUACAUGAACCAGGUGGAGGAGACCAAGUACAGCGUGGACCAGAACCUGCUGAAGGAGUAUUUCCCCAUGCAGGUGGUCACUGCUGGCCUGCUGGACAUCUACCAGGAGCUGCUGGGCCUGAGCUUCCACCCGGAGGAGCACGCCCAGGUCUGGCACGAGGACGUCCAGCUCUACUCAGUGAAGGACAUCGCCUCGGGCAAGACCAUCGGGCAAUUCUACCUGGAUUUGUACCCCCGGGAGGGGAAGUACGGGCACGCGGCCUGCUUCGGCCUGCAGCCGGGCUGCCUGCUGCCGGACUCCAGCCGUCAGAUCUCCGUCGCUGCCAUGGUAGCCAACUUCACUAAGCCCACGCCGGACGCGCCGUCCCUGCUGCAGCAUGACGAGGUGGAGACCUACUUCCAUGAGUUCGGCCAUGUCAUGCACCAGCUCUGCUCACAGGCGGAGUUUGCCAUGUUCAGCGGGACGCACGUGGAGCGGGACUUUGUUGAAGCCCCGUCUCAGAUGCUGGAGAACUGGGUGUGGGAGAAGGAGCCCCUGGUGCGCAUGUCCAAACACUACAAAACCGGCAGCCCCAUGCCCGACGAGCUGCUGGAGAAGCUCAUCCAAUCCAGGCAGGCGAACACAGGGCUGUUCAACUUGCGUCAGAUCGUCCUGGCAAAGGUGGACCAGGCCCUUCACACCCAGACGAAGGCAGACCCCGUGGAGGAGUACGCCCGGCUGUGCGAGGAGGUGCUGGGCAUCCCCGCCACCCCAGGUACGAACAUGCCGGCCACGUUUGGCCACCUGGCUGGAGGCUAUGAUGCCCAGUACUAUGGCUACCUCUGGAGCGAAGUGUAUUCCAUGGACAUGUUCCACACGCGCUUCAAGCAGGAGGGGAUCAUGAACUGUAAGGUGGGCAUGGAUUACAGGAACUACAUCCUGCGUCCUGGAGGGUCCGUGGAUGCGUGUGACAUGUUGAGGAGGUUCCUGGGUCGAGACCCCAAGCAGGAUGCCUUCCUGGCCAGUAAAGGACUGAAGGUUGAGUCCAGCUCGCUGCCUUCAGCCUGCUGAAAACCCGCCCGCCGCCCUGUGAGUAGAG